AUGGACUCGGAUCCCUCACCGCCUUCCUAUCGGCAUCCGCACUGUUCUCGGACCACCUCAGAGGCGCAGCCGCAAGUACCCGACGCGGAGAGGGCACAGCUUCUAUCGUGCAGGGAAUGUCAGAAGCGCAAGACGAAGUGCGACAAGCAGAUUCCGUGUUCCUCCUGCACGCUCAGAGGGAUCAUUUGUCAGCCGGUGGCGGUAGACCCCACCCGCCCGAGGAAGAAGCGCUUUGCCGAAGCCGAGCUGCUUGCACGCUUACGCAGAUAUGAAGCCUUGCUCAGCUCCGCAGGUAUCGACUUCUCACACGCAGAAGUGGACAGUAAGCUGAGCGCGUCCAGCUCAUCUCCAACGCCGGACGCAUCAGUAGCAGACCGAAAGCGGCAGAGGCGUUCGGGCUCGCAUAUUUCGCUGUCGUCUCAGGCUGGCGUGCACGGCGUCGCUCAGCCUGUGGACCAAGACGUUGGCGCUACGCCAUCGGGCUCGACCAUCGAUCCCGACAUUGGCCACAUCGAAUCUAUCCUCGAAACCGUGACUCCCUUCCAGUCGGGUUCGCAUCGAUCCACUCCGAGAUUCCAAACGGCUGGCGGAGCUUUGAUGACCACAGAUGCCCCCUUGGACAAAUCGGACCUAGAUCUGAUUUCGGAAACCUCGCUCCAUCAGGACCCUGCUCCAGCUCAUGCGAUCUCGUCUACCUUGGUGAUUCACAAGUUCGUCGACCUCAUGUUUCCCGAUGACGGCGCCAGGAACCUCACCUUCGAUGAUCACUGCCCAGGAGAGGCCCUCAUUCAUCCCGAUGCAAGCCUGAUGUUUCGCCUGCUGCACAUCUACGAGCAAAACAUACAUCCACUCGUCAAGAUCCUUCAUAUACCCACGGUACGCGAGAGCCUGUGCGAUAUUGCUGCUCAUUCGGUCGAUGUAGCCGCACACAACCACGCCCUCUUCUUUGCCAUCUACAGCUUGGUCAUUGGCACCCUUCCCGUCCACGAGUCAAAACGGCUGCUCAACACCUCGGAUCCUCGAUCCGUUGCCGAGAACUACCGCCGCAAUGCACAGACGGCGCUAUGCAGGGCCAGCAUCUGGCGCUCGUCGCACUUGACCACCCUGCAGGCGUACAUGAUCUAUUUGCUCGCCACGAGGAUGGACGUCGAUCCAAGGACCUAUGCAAUCUACUCUGGUAACGCUCUCAGAAUGGCAGAGCGUCUGCUUCUGGUUUAUGGACGACGAAACGCAGUAACCGGCUCUGCAAUCGGCAACUCUGAUCUCGAACGAGAGAUGGUCCGGCGAGUGUGGUGGGAGGCUCUGCUGGCCGACAUGCGCGCAUCCGAGAAGUCCGGCAUCACUUCCAAUCCUACACUCGCGACCGCUAGCACUCGCCUGCCCAUGAACGCCUCCGAUGUCGACCUGAGUCAGCUCGCUGAAUCGAUGUGUUCCAACGCUCGACAGCCUUCAAACGCGGCUUGGACUCGGCUGAGGUCCCCUGAGACCGAAAGCCUCUUCCUCUUGAUGCGAUGCGAGUUUGCCCAAUUCCAGCUGCAUCCGCCAUGGUCGCAUCAGUACAAGGAUCAACAACUUCAACAUCAUCCUUUCCGUCGCACUGGCGCCUAUAGGCAGCAGGUUGAUCCUCACAAACGGUCUUCCGUGUCGGAUCUCAGCUGGCGUUUGAGCGCCGUCGAUCACUUCGAGCGCUACAUCUUCGCACGCUACUUUGAUCGCCCCGAGAUCGCCACCAGCAUGAUUUUGCAGUAUGCACAACAUCAUGCCCGCAUGAACAUUGCAAGGCUCCGACUGAUCGUGCAUCUUAACGAUCGUCGAAUCGAGAACGAGGGCGAGAUCAUCCGGGCCUGCAUCAUCCAGGUGGAGGAGACUGCAAAGCUGAUUGCGGAACGCAAGUUUGUGCGAUAUCAGUGGUGCACAUUCUCGUAUUUGCCCUUCUUUUCUUUCGUGGUCCUGCUCGACAUCCUCCGGCGCCAUACCGAGGGUCCUCUGGUGGACAGAGCAUGGGAUGCCAUUGAAGACAGCGCUGUCAUCUGGAAGCCAGACUUGCACAACAAAGAUAGCAAAGAUCAGGGGGCCCAAGUCCCGACACACAAUGCCACUCCUGACAACGGAAAGGGCACGCAGGACCAUUCGACAAUCAAUCUCUACGCCGACCCAAGCAACGUCAAGGAUGGCAAAGCAAAGCUGCGAGUACGAGGAAUCAUGUUGGCUUCUUUGAUGGUCGCGGCGUGGGAGAAGCGCGCACAGGCCCUCAUGUCUCGGGCAGCACGGCAGGCUAAUGGCGGCGCACCGUUCAUCCCAACAGAACCACAGGUCGUCUCUGCAAUGCGUUCAGCUGCUGCUCUAAAGCAAGACGUCCCCAAAUCUACGGCCAAUCCAGCUUUCCAGGUCGGCUCUCGUCCCGAUCACGCUCCUCCGUGGCAGUUGGGCUCUGCCGAGGGAAGCCUUGGCAACAAGGAGGCCGAGGGUUUCGCAAACCGAAAUGACAGAGCGGCAGGCGAAGCGCAUGGCGGCUCGUUCACAGCAUUCCGGGAACAACCUCCGGGCAGCUUUGCUUCCACGCUGGACGACAUGAACAAUCUCAACGCGCUUCUGCAGUCCAGCGUCGACCUGGACUGGAGCACGUGGUUCAGACAGGAUUGGGAUACGCCUUCGAGCGGCGCAUUAAUAGACGGCAUUUCCCCUGUAUCGUUCAUGCCAUCGAGCUGA